AUGGUCGAAGGCCUUACCCGAUAUCAAAGCGCACUUCCAAGCGACGCCACUGUCGCUCACGAUAGGCAAUCCCUCAACGAUCUGGCCAUGACCAAUCCGAAAACAAUUCUUCACCCCGAGAAUGGAGGCUACUACCUCAAAGCCACGACGAAGAGGCCAUUGCCAUCGCUGGUGACGACCUAUGCAAGGAGCUAG